AAGACAUUGAUAUCCUCUUUUAUCCUAUGUUCCUUUUGUUGCAUGGAGGACUCAAAUUUUAGCCUAUUUUCAAGUCAAAGGUUUUAACAUUAAAUUAAUCUAAUUCAAUAUAUUUAGGUUUAACUACUGCAAUAAUAAAAAGCCGACAGUAUCUUUAUGUUUAUAUAAUAAUAUCAAACUUGAAAACUUUCUUUCGAACAUAUUUUAUGAAUAAGAGCACUGGUGUGAUGGCAGCAAUGACAGCAUUAUGAAGAGCAUCUGCAAGUAUAAAAAGUAGGGUUAAAUGGCUCAGCGAAAAAUAAGUGUAGCAAAACAAAAGAUGAGUGAGGCAGAGGCAGAGCAGCUGCUACUUGUGGAUUGGCUUCCAAGUCCAUUUGCUGCUAGGGUUCGAAUAGCCUUAGCAGAGAAAGGAUUAAAAUAUGAGUCUAAAGAAGAAAAUUUUCCAAACAAAAGCGAUCUUCUUCUCCAAAUGAACCCUGUUCAUAAGCUACUCCCAGUCUUAAUCCAUAAUGGAAAACCCAUUUGCGAAUCAUUGAUUAUAGUCCAAUAUAUCGAUGAGGUUUGGAACCAUGAGCCUAAAUUGUUGCCUUCUGAUCCUUACCAGCGAGCACACGCCAGGUUCUGGGCUGAUUAUAUCGAGAAGAAGAUUCACCAAAAUACGAGGAGAAUGGUGUGGGCGUCUGAAAAUGAAGUCAAAGAAGCAUCAAAGAAGGAGGUAAUUGAAGGCCUUAAAAUUUUGGAAGGAGAAAUUGGAGAAAAGCCAUACUUUGGAGGUGAAAGGUUUGGUUACGUAGAUUUGGUACUUAUCCCCAUCCAUAGCUCAAUUUACACAUUGGAGAUGAUGGCAAACUUGAGCUUGGAAGUCGAGUGCCCUAAGCUUAUGAAAUGGGCUAAAAAGUGUAUGCAAAAGGAGAGUGUGUCUAAGUCUUUAUGUGACCAGCUCAAGCUUUAUGAAACUCUUUUGGAGUUGAGGAAGAAAUUGGGAAUUGAUCAAUAAAUUGAUCUAAGAGGAACUUAAAACAACAAUAUUGAAGCCAGAUUUGUAAUAAUUUAACAUUUUUGCUUGUUUUUUGUAAUUUUUUUAAUGUACACUGUCCUCAGUAUCUUCCCCAUAUGGCUUUGCAUUAAUAAUA